AUGCCUUUUGCCCAGCGCUGCCCCCAUUCGCAUUUCUUCAAACAUGGCAAGGCUUUCUGCAGGAGGCCGAUCUCUCUGGAUGCUAGGAAGGCGCUUAUAUCGAUCUUUCUUCUGAAUCUCGGGAUCCGUGUCAUCAGCAUACGCCGUGGCAGAGCUCACUUAGACUUCCCACCUGGAUCCAAGGUCAAAGAUACCCGAUCACACGGUGCCAGUUUCUGGACACGGACUGCUCGCAUAGAUAUCGAGUUGCCCGACAAGACGCAGAAGGCUUACUUCCUUAAAGUCUCCACCAGCGAAUUGGGGGCCCUCAAACCUGUUGCAUUACAUGCAGAUAUUUGGUAUGGAAACCUGGCUACAAACGCAGCUACAGGGGAGCCAGUGUACUUUGAUCCAUCGGUCUUCUGGGGUCACAAUGAAUAUGAUGUUGGAAGCAUGGAUACCCCUCGUUACCGACUGGGCCGGCACUGGAUGAGAGAAUACCACAAAUUCUUCCCAAUUUCAGCCCCAGAAGAAGAUUACGAGGCUAGAAAGGCCCUUUAUGCUAUAUAA